AUGUGUGAAAAAUCUUAUACUGAUAAGUGUUGUUUGAAUAAAAACAUUUCUCGAACUGAAGAGAAACCUUAUUUAUGUAAUGUGUGUCAUAAAUGUUUCUCACUUGAACAUAAUUUAAAGCAACACUAUCUGAUUCAUACUGGAGAAAAACCUUUUUUAUGCAGUGUGUGUAAUAAAACAUUCAGACAGAAAACUAAUCUACAGACACAUGCUGUUGUUCACACUGGAGAGAAACCUUAUUCAUGCAUUUUGUGUAAUAAGACAUUCACACAAAAAGGUCAUUUAAAAAAUCAUUACCUUAUACAUACUAAAGAAAAACCUUAUUCAUGCGAUAUUUGUAAUAAAUCUUUUUCCAAAAGAGCUAGCUUAAAUCAUCACUAUCUUGUUCAUACUGGGGAAAGACCUUACUCAUGCAGUGUAUGUAAUAAAAGUUUCAGACAUAAAGCAAAUUUACUGAAACAUUCUCUUACUCAUAAAGGAGAAAAACCUUAUUUAUGCAGUUUUUGUGGUAAAACAUAUACAGAAAAAGCUAAUUUAAAUAACCAUUAUCUUGUACAUACUAAAAAUCUUGUUCAUGCCGUGACAAUGGUGAAUUUUUCUCCAUAA